CUUACCUCUAUCCUCGACUUCUCCGUCAACCCAUCUUCCUUCUUCUCCUUCCUCCUUUCUUCUCCUCUCCUCUCCUCUCCUCUCCCUACUUCUCGUUACAUCUCUUUCCUCCCCUUUCUGCUUUCCUCAUCAAGCAGACAUAAUGUUGACUGUCCUUCAUACCCUUGCCAAUACGGCAGGUCUCUUUAGCAAAAACCCAGCAGCACAAACUUCUGAUGCUAACCCAUCCCAAAAGAUUAACAAGGCUCUGCAGAACCUUCAUCUCGUCCGCAAGACCAUUCUUACUCAGCACUUAGAUGAAGUACAAGAGCAAGCUGCCCUCGCCCGUCUGGAUCAGCUUCUGGAUCAGAUUUCUGUCAAUGCGCUUGCAUUGUUGACCUAUGCUCAGCUUCAGGAACUCGCCACAGCCUUGACUAUUACUACAACCAACUCGAAGGAAUUGACUCAAAUCUUGGCUCAAAUUCGUUCUACCACAACCAUUAAGAAGACCACUAUUACCACCACUACAAGAACAGUCGGUGCUGAAGAAGACAGUACCUCGGAUACUGGCUCUGAAGGCCCUUCCUCCGCCGUGACAGUAGUUGACGAUGAUCAGUUGUCGCUCUCAGUCAGAUCCAAUCUUUCGCUCGGUAUUCAGGGAGAGGCUGAUCUCUUCCAGCUCACCUCAGGCAACCUUGCGGUCGAGCACGUUGCUUAUGCAUUGAGCGAUCUUGUCUUCGUUUACCCUUCAACCGCAUCCCAGGUUUACCUCGGACAGGCUUCAGAGCAAUGGUCAAAGGCCGGCUUGAGUAACGCAACGGGAGCAUCACUUGCACCCCAAGUCUUGAAAAUGUCUACUCGCUCCAAUGCCGCCUCUGCAGUCCUUGGUGCUGUCACCUCCUAUGAGUCCAAAAACAGCACUUUGUCAACCCUGGCUUCUUCGGCUGCCAUUGUAAACAUGGUCCCCAAUUUGUAUCAGAUUGCUCAAUCUAAUAACCCUGUUGUCUUCCAUGUUGCUGCAGAAUCCGUUGAUGCUGACUUGAAUGUGCUUCGCGGAGAUUACUCGGAUGUCCUUAUUGCUAGGGAGACUGGCCUCUUGUACCUUGCCUCCAACACUGUGCAGGAAGCCUACGAUGUUUCAGUUCUCGCCCAUGCAGUUGCCUCUGGCACCAACCAGUCUGUCAUCCAUGUUCUUGAUGGAGUGCAGACCAGCCAGCAAGUCGAAGCUAUCAAAACCGCCAAGGAUUGCGACAUUGCUGCAUUCAUCAAUCAGGAGCAUGGAAAGUCUGUUUUGGGUCACGAUGAAGGGUCCCUUGUCUCUGGUAUCGAGGAUAUUUUUGAGAGAGCUACCGCGCUCCUCGGUCGUCAGUACAGGGCUUUUGAGUACACCGGCCCCGCAGAUGCCGAGAUCAUCGUAGUAGUGUUUGGACCUGCUUACAACGUUGCCAAAAGCCUUGGUGAAAAGGUUGGAGUUUUGAAUAUCCGCCUCUACCGCCCUUGGUCCUUCUCUCAUUUCUUGAAGGCCAUCCCUGCUUCAACCAAGAAGGUCGUUGUUGUCGAACCUGUUGCAAGUACAGCUGCACAUGGACCCAUCUUCUUGGAUGUCUCAGCAUCAUUUAACCUCUGGACAGGUCGCCAGCGUCCUUCAGUCGUGGAUAUCAAGUAUGGUCUUCAUGGUGCCUCUCUUUCUCAAGGCUGGCUCAAGGCCUUGGUUGAGCAGGCCAUCAGUACUCCUUCCAAGCUCGAUCUCUCUACCAUCGUUGCCGCUGACGAGCAUCUUCAAGAAGAUGUUAAGCAGGCCAUCUUCUGGGAGACUACAGCCUCUAACGCUGUCUCUGCUCACGUUGCCAAGCACUUCCAGUCUGUUCUCGGUCAACGUAUCCACCACAGCUCACGUGUCAAUUCGUACCGCCACACCGCCGUUAUCGAAACCCGUCUUCAAUUUACAAAGUCGAACACAGUUGAGUUUGCAGAAUCUGCAUUGGCUGACUAUGCCUCAAUUCAAGAUGUAUCUGUAUUAUCAGAAUAUAACGUUGUUGACUCGCUCAAGCAGGGGGCUGUCCUCGUUUUGAAUACUUCGUGGACUGUGGAAGAGCUCGAGACUAAGACCUCAGCUGCUUUCAGACACGCGCUCGGCACUAAACAGAUCCAAGUUUUAUUGAUCGAUUUGGCCAACGUUGCUAAGGACAUCGGCCUUUCUGGAAUCGGUAAGACCCUUCUCGGACAGAUUGCCUUUUUCAAAACACAUUCUUCGAGCUUACGCGCGGCCGCUUUUGAUGCCAUUGAGCGUCAUUAUGAGACUUCCAAUGAUAAAGUUCUUAAGGAUCUGAUCUCCACUCUUGUGGAGCGCGUCGAUAAGGAGGUUAUUGAGGUGCCUAUUAACCCCAACUGGCUUUCGAUUGAGCUUGGCGAAGCUGAGCAAGCUGCAUUGGCUCUACCCAAGCGUGUUCAGCCCACUAUCCGCUCUACUCCCAAUGCUUUUAAUGGCGCUAUUAAUACAGAUAUUGAGCUCGAGACUACCGAGGAGGACAACGAGGUUACUCUUGCGAAGACCUCGAACUGGCAUAAGGCUGCAUGGCAAUUGUUAUUUUCAGAAGCAUACGAAACUAAGCAGAGCCUGGCUGAUGAAGACCAUGAAUACUUGGUUACUAUCACUGAGAACCGUCGCCUUACCCCUACAACCUAUGAUCGCAAUGUCUUCCACCUUGAAUUCGACACCACCGGCACUGGAUUGCGUUAUGAGAUUGGAGAUGCUCUUGGUAUCCACGGUUGGAAUGAUACGCAGGAGGUGCUUGAUUUUAUUAAGUUCUAUGGAGAGAAGCCCGAGACAGUCGUUGAGAUCCCUCGUGCUCUACCCAAGAAUGCUCCUGAAGGAACCAAGCCUCGCCAUCAAACCAAUACUCUGUUCCAGAUCUUGCAACAGACAUUGGAUCUCUUUGGUCGCCCAUCGAAGCGUUUCUAUGCUGAUCUGAUCCCUUUCGCCACCAAUGCUGCUGAGAAAGAACGCCUCGAGUUCCUGAUUUCGGCUGAGGGCGCUGCUGAAUUCAAGAACCGUGUGGAUGAGACUUUGACGCACGCAGACAUUCUGCGAGAGUUCCCUUCAGCCCAUCCUACGAUUUCUCAGCUCAUUAACAUUUUGCCCGCCAUCAAGCCACGCCAUUAUUCGAUCGCUUCUUCCCAGAAGGCACACCCUAACUCGGUCCAUUUGUUAAUUGUGGCUGUUGAAUGGGUUGCCCCUUCAGGCAAGGCUCGUUUCGGUCAGUGCACACGCUACCUUACUACAUUAGGAGUGGGCGACAAGGUCACAGUCUCCAUCAAGCCUUCAGUUAUGAAGCUUCCUCCUCUGCCUCACCAACCCGUUAUUAUGGCUGGUUUGGGAACAGGCAUGGCACCAUUCCGUGCUUUCAUCCAGGAGCGUGCUUGGCAGAAGGCCCAAGGACUUGAGGUUGGCCCCAUGAUUUUGUACUUUGGAUCCCGUAACCGGUCCAAUGAGUACUUGUAUGGAGAGGAGCUUGAGGCCUACCAUGCUGAUGGCCUGUUGACACAUUUGCGCUUGGCUUUCUCUCGUGACCAAAAAGCAAAGAUUUAUAUUCAGCAUAAGAUGAACGAAGACGGCAAGCUGUUACACAAGUAUUUGUUGGAUGCUGAAUUGAAUGGCCAUUUCUACUUGUGUGGACCUACCUGGCCUGCAGGAGAUGUCAAGGACGCUAUUGUGCAGAGCUUCAUGGAUGGCGAAUCGUGCCCUGCGAUUGACGCCAACCGCAUUGUCAACAAGCUGAAGGAGGAAGAACGCUAUGUUUUGGAAGUCUACUAAAACAAAGAUAUUAGAAUACAUAUUACUUGCAUAACUCAAUUCAUGAUAAUAAAAAAAUUAAAGUUAAGACG